AGGGCUCCUGGCGGGAUUGUGCCUCAGCGCUACCCGGCCCAUCGCCCAUGGCCGCCUCGCUGCGCCCCGUGCCGCCGCAGUCCGCCCCGCGCCGCCCAGCGCCCGCAGCUCCCUUGGGCCUGGGCCGUGACACGAGCGACGUCCUGCAGCAGAUCAUGGCCAUCACUGACCAGAGCCUGGACGAGGCUCAGGCCAGAAAGCAUGCCCUAAACUGCCAUCGGAUGAAGUCUGCCCUCUUCAGCGUGCUCUGCGAGAUCAAGAAAAAGACAGCCAUGAGCAUCCGGCAUGAGGAAGAGGAUCCUCCUGACGCUCAGCUCCUGAGGCUGGAUAAUAUGCUGCUGGCUGAGGGUGUGUCCAGGCCAGAGAAGAGAGGACGAGGAGCAGCAGCAGGCACCACAGCAUCACCAGGUGGCUGUCCAAAUGACAAUAGCAUUGAGCACUCAGACUACCGGGCCAAGCUGUCCCAGAUCCGACAGAUUUACCACUCUGAGCUAGAGAAGUAUGAACAGGUGAUCUUUCUGCACGCAAGAGUUUCUCAUAUGAAUGUGCACUGGCCACAGUCGGAUGUGGACACUAACCCCCUCCUCUGUGGCAGAGCAGGGACAGCCCACUGUCGUCUGUCAUUGCAGAGACGGCUGAAAGCCCUUUCCCUCACUCUUCAGAAACUGACCUGUGUGUGGGCUGUGGGGGUGGCAGAUGUGGUCAGCUGUGGAGCUUACUGCACCUGGCUGCUUAGUCACAGGCUGGCCCCCUUCUCCAUCCCAGGCCUGCUUAGUCACAGGCUGGCCCCUUCUCCAUCCCAGGCCUGUCGUGAGUUCACCACACAUGUCACCAACCUUCUUCGGGAACAGAGCAGGGUGAGGCCUGUGUCCUCCAAGGAGAUGGAGCACAUGGUGGGUGUCAUCCACAGCAAGUUCAGCGCCAUCCAGAGGCAGCUCAAGCAGAGCACCUGCGAGGCUGUCAUGACCCUGCGCUCACGGCUCCUGGAUGCCAGGCGGAAGCGGCGGAACUUCAGCAAGCAGGCCACUGAAGUGCUGAAUGAAUAUUUCUACUCCCAUUUGAGCAACCCUUACCCCAGCGAAGAGACCAAAGAAGAACUGGCCAGGAAGGGUGGUAUCACGGUGUCCCAGGCCCACGGCAGCUGGCAGAGGGCCACCACUCCACAGCCAGCCUCACCACCUGCUGGAGAUUCUGCUGUGUCUGAUUAAGUUUGGGGACCCUGGUUGAGUGCCAUGAGUGACUGGCCCUGUAUCCUGCCAAUGACCUCAGAAGCCCUGGCUGUGGCGAUACCCUUGGCCUGGCUGCUCACCUACGCACCUUGGCAGAAUUAUUUUAACCAACAAUUUGUUGGUUUGUUGUGGAUCAUUCAUCUCAGGCUUCCUUCCAAGCCACCCCAUUAAAGUUUUUGACUUGUCUGCAUUUUGACUUCCAGUGUUUUCAAUCUG